AUGACACCGUCGGAUUUUCAUGAGGACGCACCACCGGAUUGUGAAAACGCGCCGCGAUUUGGGAAUGACGUCGCGCGGAGCAUCAGCGCUGCGGCCUCUGCGGGAAACCGCCGUCGCCCGUUCGAACUGGAAAUACUCGCGGCGGAAGGCGCCGCAGCGGAAAGCGAGGAGCUCGCGCCCAGCCCCCGCCGCACGCGCCCGGUGUCGCCCAGCGGCGGCGGUGCGGAUGCAGGGGCGGGCGGCGCGUUCUCCCUGGGGGAGGCCGCCGUGACAGGCUCGAGGAUCAUUCGGCGGGCGAAAACGCUUCCGCUCAGAGGGGAAGACGGGGCUGGAAGUCUGUUUUGCGUGGAAGUCCCGUCCCCGCCCGCGUAUCCCAAGCCCGCGCAUCCUUCCCCGCGCACGCAGCGCGGCCAGCAGUGGCUGGCGAACUUCCGCGGCCUGCCGUACUCGCCCCCAGCAGCAGCAGCCGCAGCAGCGUCGCGGAAAACUGCCACUGUGAGCGACAGUGGGGCAGAAGACAGAAGGGAAGCAGAAGCCGUUGCUGUGGGGGUCCCACUAGCCGCUGGGGAAGACUGUUGCGGGGCUGAUCAAAGCAGGCGCCAUCAUGUUGGUCGAAGCUGCGAGUUCAAACGCCGCCUGUCGCCCCUGUCCCCUUUCUCACCUUCCGCCCCAUUCUCGCCCUCCGCCCAUUUCUCCCCCUCCGCCUACUUCUCCCCAUCCGCCCACUUCUCGCCCUCUGCCCAUUUCUCCCCCCCCGCCCACUUCUCCCCCUCCGCCCACUUCUCCUCCUCCGCCCACGUCUCCCCCUCCGCCCACUUCCCCCCCUCCGCCCAUCUCUCGACCUCCCACCCUUCCUCGCUGCUACCGUUCUUUCCGCCGAGUUCCUCGCCGUCGCCGUCGCGACCGCUGCCUGCCGCCACCGCGCUCCGAAACCACGGCUCUCCGCAGCCCGCUUGCGCUGCUGCGCACGCUUCUAACUGCCUGCGAUCCAAUCUCUGCCGUGAGGCCCACGCGCUGCAGCAGCGACUUGGCGAAAAACAGCCGCAGCCGCAGACGCGGCGGAUCAAGACGGACGGAGAAGAGAAACAGCAGCAGCAGACGCGGCGGAUCAAGACAGAUGGAGAAGAGAAACAGCAGCCGCAGACGCGUCGGAUCAAGACAGAUGGAGAAGAGGAACAGAAGCAGCAGACGCGGCGGAUCAAGACGGACGGAGAAGAGGAGUUGCAGCUGGAGCGGCGGCAGGCGUAUCAGCAGCUUGCAAUGACCGUGCCGCGCGCGGGCGGCGCGGGGCCGCCAUCUAACGGCCACGAUCACCACGGGCUAAAUCCGCGGCGCCAUCAGCAGUUCUAUUCUCGGCCUGCGGCCGCUGCAGCAGGCGCGCCGCGGUGUCGCCCUCAUGAAGCGCACUCCGCUGGGCGCGCUCCCCGUAACAGCGAAUCUGCCUCGAGCAUAAAUCCGUUGGGUGCUGACGCGGCGGGGGUUCAACACCGCGCGGUCUCGCCGCGGUACUACACGUCUAUCCGUCCUCUCAGCCUGACGGGCGACUCUCUCGGGCGCGCCGCGCGCGACGAAGUCGGAACCCCCGUUUCCCCCGUGUCGCUGGUCGCGCAGCGCCUGGAGGUGUGGUUUGAGGAGGCCACGUCAGCAGGGACUUGGCCGCAUACCCGCCACAGCUCUUCCCGCGCAUCAGUUGCGUCAGCAAGGUCAUGA